GGCUUGUUUUAGCCGUAAUGCACAGAAUAAAAACCUCAAAGCCCAGAGUUGCUCGUUCAUAGCUCAGGAGACUUAAUGGAGUUCUCAGUUGGGUUCCCAGAACUCUUAAGAGAGAGUCUGUAAAGCAGCCUGAAGUCCGGCUCAUCUCCAUCUUCUCUCCGGUCGUGUCGAACAUCCCUGCAGCUGAGUACAUACUGAAUAACCUGAAUAGAAAUGUGCUAGAAUUCAAUACCAGCCACUCCUGAUUCAGUUUCCAUCAAGUUUUUGACACUCAAAAUAUGUACAAAUGUAAUUCCAUAACAUCUGCUCUGUGACAUUGAUCACUUUCUCUUCAUUUUAAAUGGCUGAAAAACAAAUAAGCUUGCCUGCUAAACUCAUCAAUGGAGGCAUUGCUGGAUUGAUUGGUGUCACUUGCGUGUUUCCGAUUGAUCUGGCAAAAACACGCCUCCAAAACCAGCAAAACGGAUCUCGCAUCUACACUAGCAUGUCUGAUUGUCUGAUAAAAACCAUCCGAUCAGAAGGAUUCUGUGGGAUGUACAGAGGAGCUGCGGUUAAUCUGACUUUGGUAACUCCAGAAAAGGCCAUUAAACUGGCUGCCAAUGAUUUCUUCAGACACCAGCUCUCUAAAGAUGGACAGAAGUUGACAUUGGUUGGAGAAAUGUUGGCUGGCUGCGGGGCGGGUACCUGCCAAGUGAUUGUAACCACUCCAAUGGAGAUGUUAAAGAUCCAGUUGCAGGAUGCCGGCAGAAUAGAGGCCCAGAGGAAUCUAAUUGGCCGGGAUGGAGGAGGAGGGGCUAAAGCGAAUGUUGUUCAGCGGAAGUCUCCCACAGCUCUCCAACUCUCUAGAGAUCUGCUGAAGGACAAGGGCAUCACUGGUCUCUAUACGGGACUGGGGGCCACUCUAUUACGGGAUGUGCCCUUUUCCAUCAUCUACUUCCCACUGUUUGCUAACCUGAACAGCCUAGGCAGGAGGAACACUGACAGUUCAGCUCCAUUUUACAUCUCCUUCCUCUCUGGCUGUCUUGCAGGGUGUACUGCAGCUGUUGCGGUCAAUCCUGUGGAUGUGCUAAAAACCAGGCUUCAGUCUUUGGCCCGUGGAUGUCAUGAUGAGACUUACAGCGGAAUGAAAGACUGUAUCCGUAAGAUUCUCCGUCACGAGGGUCCCUCAGCGUUCCUGAAGGGGGCGUACUGUCGCGCACUGGUCAUCGCUCCGCUGUUUGGCAUCGUACAGGUGGUUUAUUUCCUAGGAGUCGGGGAAUUUGUUCUCGGUCUCCUGCAUGGACAAAAACACUGAAUGUUUACAGUGGAUGGAGCCGCUACUUGUAUUCAAACCAUAGCAAUAAUAAUGAUAAAUUGAUCAAUUAUAAAUAAUGAAUUAUAAACGAUACAUACUGAAAUUUUUGUAUUCAUUUUAAUAGAAAUUAGUAUGCUAGAAACACAUUGAUUUAAAUGUAAUGUUUUGUAAUAAUAGUAGAAAGACGGAAAUGGUAUUUUCCUGUAAAAUGUACUCCAGUAAUUUUUGUUUUAUUUACAACUUUUAAAAAACAAAAAAAACAAAAAAAAACAACAGCAUUUUUUGACAGUGUAGGUUUGACAUCAGCAUUGAAAACCAGGUUCAAUAAUCAGUCUAUCAGUACAGAUUGACAAUAGCUCUGCUCCAAAAGAUAGUGAGCUGCCUGUCUAGAUAGUAUUUUAGCCUAGUAGUCACUUUUUAUUGACUUUUUUUUAGUAAUCAUCAUAACUUUUAACUUAAAAGUUUGAACUUAUAAUUUAAAACCUCCAAAAUUCAUCAUGUGAUUUAAUUUUUGAGCAAUUUUCUAGUCAAAAUUAUUUUGUGAAAUAUACAUUGUGUAAGAUAAAAAUGUUUAGUUCAGUACAUUUGCUUACAGUAAACUCUUUUUAAAUGUAAUUUUUUUUUUCACUUCUGUAAAAAUCUGUCGAGUGUCUUUAAAAAGAGAUUCGAGGUCUGUAUUCCAAGGCAUUCAUUAAUUACAACCAUUUAAUUCAAAACUCCUGAUAUUUUUAAAUAGUAUUACUUUUAUUCAACAGGGAUGCAUUAA